UUUUACUCAAAAUUUGAAAUAAAUUUAAAGUCAAUUUAAAUUUUCUUAAAUUUUCUUAAACUUGAUUUAGAAAAUUUCCUGGAAAAAAAAUAAAAAUGAAUAAUUCUUGGCGAAUUUUAUUUUUGAUUGUAGGUUGCAUUUUCCCAAGACUUAUAUUGGCAGAGGGCUCAGAAAGUAGUAACAAUACGGAUGAAGAUCCAUUUUACGAUCCGUCUAUUGACCCAUUACAUAUGGCUGGUGAUAUCGAAAAUAAUAAUACACGUGUUGCAAGAGGAAGAGGAGGAGGGCAGAUGAUUAGUAGUCGAUAUUCGAAUAGAAGGAAAAACCCUCAACCGCCUAGUGGGGGCGGCUAUCAACCGCAGCCUAGUGGGGGCGGCUAUCAACCGAAUGGAGCUAACGGAGCCGGAGGUCAACGGAAUAGACAUGAUCAACAUGAUUUUCGUGCUUCGGGGACGACGAAAAAACCAGGGAAAGAUCAACGUGGUUCAAAUCAUGCCACUGAGAUACCACCAAUUGAAAUAAACAAACAUAAAGAUGACAUAAAAGAGGAAUUCGAUAAACAAGCGGAAAAAUUUCUUAAGGACAUAAAUUCAUCUAAAAAUGAAACUAAAGAUAAAAAGGAAAAUGAAAGCUCAGAAGGAGAGAGGAUAAUAAGGGUGUCGAAGAUAAAUGCUCCUUUCAAUAUAAAAAUUUCCGUACUCCCUGCAGAAUAAAAAUAUUGUUUUCUACGAAAAAUAAUUUUUAAAGCAAAUCAAUUUGUUUUGAAUUAAAAAUAAUGACUUAUAUUACUUUAUUAAUUAAUUAAUUGGUGUCGGGAAUAAUAUGGGAUAAUUAUAUUGUAUUUUCUUAAUUAAUGAUAAACCAUUUUAUUGUCAAUAAAAAAAAAAAAAAAAUUUC